AGCCACACAAGCUAUACGGAGUCAUUGGGAAAAUAUUUGUCUGUAAUUUUAGGUGAACUGAUCCUUUCAGCAAGAAAAAUUCCACAUGUCUUGCGUUGAGUCUUGGGGGUCUGAGCCUGAGAAGGACCCCGCUGCUGUGUGCAGCUCGUGGGGGUCUGAGAGCAGAUAGGUGCCAGAACUGCAGGGCUGGAGGAGGGAGAGGCAGAUUCGGUUUCACUCCUGGGUGUGCUGAGUGGAGGUCUGCUUCUCACACCAGGGCAAGCCAUAUUUCACCGUGUGCUGUGAACCUGCAGACCUGCCCAGAGGAUUUCACCACUCUUAAUGAUGGAAAAUUAACGCUUCACUGAGCUGAGCUAAAUGCCCCCACUGACAUUCCCACUAUUUACAGCGCGAGUCGAAAAACAGCAAGCCGAGGGAUCACUCGAGGUAUGUUUCUGCUGAUUUGGGCGUGGGCUAAUGAGGAAAACCUGUCAGCCACAUUCUGUUAUGAUUCCAAGCAGUGCUGGAGACCAGAGACUGAGAGAAGCUGUCAAGAAAACCGACUGGUGAUAAAAUACUGUGGGCCACAAUUAGAAAUGAUUAUGUUUCUCAGACCCCAAGGAGCAACUAAGGAGAACUUGGGGGUUUUCUUUGCCAGAAAAGACGGAUUUGUCCUGGAGGCUCACCUGACAUCAGGAAACUCAUUGCGCUGAGCAAAGAAGAGGUCUGCGCACGAUCUAGACUCCUCCCAGACACGUCUCUUAAGAAAAGCUGGAGUUAACCGCAGGAGCUGGCCACUGACAGACGUUACAUCCACGCGAGCAGAUGUUCCACAAACCCUGAACAAGACUCGAUUUGACAACUUUUACGCACCGAGGGAAAAAAAAAAUGAGGGUCUUCAUUUCGGCCGUGGCGGUGUUGUGUGUGGCGUCAGUGCCCUGUGUGGAAGCUAUCCAUGGACUGUACAACUUUGGCCAGCACGAUUUAUUCUACAAAAAGAACAACUGCAAGCAAAUCCCGGCCAACCUCCUGCUUUGCCAUGAUAUCGAGUACACGGAGAUGCGCCUGCCCAACCUGCUCGGACACGAAACGAUGAAUGAAGUUCUGCAGCAAGCCUCGUCUUGGAUCCCUCUGGUGCAGAAGCAGUGCCAUCCGGACACGAGAAAGUUCCUGUGCUCCCUCUUCGCCCCGGUCUGCCUGGAUGAUCUGGACGAGCCCAUCCAGCCGUGCAGGUCUCUGUGCGAGAGCGUCAAGCGCGGCUGUGCGCCUGUGAUGUCCGCCUUCGGCUUUCCAUGGCCGAAGAUGUUGGACUGCGACCGUUUCCCACUCGACAACGACCUGUGCAUACCACCUGCAAACAUGGACAACUUCGUGCCGGUCACCAGAGAGGUUCCCAGAGUGUGCGAUGCUUGCAAAGAAACUGAUGAAAAUGACAACGAAAUUGUUGACAACAUUUGCAAGAAUGACUUUGCUCUGAAAAUCAAAGUCAAGGAGAUCUCAUACAUGAAUGGUGACACCAAAAUCGUGCCAGAGAACAAGAGCAAGACCAUCUACAUGAUGAAUGGUGUGACGGAGCGCGACCUGAGGAAGACUGUGCUGUGGCUGAGGGACGGGCUGCAGUGCAUCUGCGAAGAGAUGAACGACAUCAACGCCGCCUACCUGGUGAUGGGCCAGAAGAUGAACGGUCAUCUGGUCAUCACCUCACUGAAGCGCUGGCAGAAGGGGCAGCGCGAGUUUAAGAGAAUCUCACGCAGCAUUCGUAAGAUGCAGUGUUAGGAGGAAAAGUGGAAAAGAUAUCGAGCAUUGUUAAAAAAAAAAAAAAACAGUGCCUGUUUAAGCAGACGCCCAGCUUUCAGCUACGGGUCACACGGUCUGAUCUACAGGGCUUCGGACACGUCCCCCCUGCCACCUUUUACCUGUAGGGUAGCUGUUGACUUUUAAGAUAACAAAAUAUCACGUAACGCAAAGGCACACAUGGGAGCAAAUCACCAGAUAGAAACAGAAUCUGUUUAUUUGAUUUUUCAGGCUACUAUUCAUGUGGAUUCACAAGCCUUUGUAACAAUCCAUCAAACUGGGAGGUCAGUUUCCUUCAUUUUGAAUGGAGCAGGUGCCCCCUAGUGGACAGUUUUAUGAAGCUGAACGCUGUCACCUCUUAUCCUCUCUGAGUUUGUUUUAACCUUAGUGACGUUUUAUGUCAAAGUAUGAAAAUUCGAAAAGUUUAUGUAAUAACACAAUUAAACACAGUAAAAUGAAGUAUAGUCACUGCGAAUGUUUCUCCACCAGAAUAGUAGAGCAGACUAAGCUCAGCAUAUGUUUGCGGUGCGGAAGAAAAACAAAUGACACGGUUGGAUUGAGAACAAGCUGAGUUUUGAGGCCAGGAUUUAAGAUGAUUGGCUCACAUAAUAAUUGGCAGAUGUGGCCUCAUCCAGCAUAAAGAUAUAGCUUUUCAGUCGCAAACAAACUUUUUCUUUUUUGCUUUCCUGCGGGACUUGAUUUGUUUUUGCUUAUUUUUCCUAAAGAAACCUCUAUUUCAAAAAUUCCAUAAAAAAGCUUCCAUGAAAAGAUUCGGAGGUGUAGGCGGUGUGAAUUUGGAAUUUUGUAUCAAAAGGCACAAAUGUGCUCCAAAAAGCUCUAGUACAAUGUUUUUUAGUGUUUCUCAUGAAGAAUUUACAGCUUUAGAAUGGUCAACCUGACAUAAAUCCACAGAUGAAAAAAAAAACGAUUCAGUUUGUAUGAUUCUUAAAGGUGUAUCUGUGGGCAUUAUGUAAUUUUGGAACAAUAUUUGUGUUUUUCUAUUCCUUCUGUUUUCUCAAGCAAAAAUGAGAGAUAGCUGGCUAUAUUCUCUUCCUAUCAACAUGUUAUUAUUCUUGGUAAGCCUUUUGAAAGUGUGCAACUUCAUCAUUUUCUAUAACCAUUUGAUAAAACUAAUAUUUUUCUACUCCAGGUGUUCAUUUAAACUUUUGUUCCGAUUUACCUCCUUUUUAUGUGUUCAAAGAACUGCAAAUAUCUUAUUUUUGGGCAGUUAUGUGUUUAUGAGCAGAAACUUAGUAAGUAAUCAAGAGAUUGUGUGUAUGUUUGCUACAGUAUGUAAAGUAUUUUUUAGAAGUACUACAGUGUAAAUAUGAAAUACUGUCAUUUAUUCUUGUAUAAAGCUUUUAGCAAUUAAAAGCUGCCAGCAACAUGCUUGAGACGGUUCAGUCUAUUGUGCGUUUGUGUCUGUGUUUUCACAGUAAAUUUUGUCUGUGGCCAUAAGAUGAAAAUAAACUAAACAAUUUCUAGUAAAAUGUACCAGUUAAAUCUAAGCUAACCUGGUUACCCUAAUAACCA